CCCCACACACUGUGAAACACUCCCCACCGCUCACUCCGACGGGCCAGGCUGGGAGAUGGCAGAACGACCGUCAAAGUGAUCGGAAUCCUCACAGGCAAGCGGGACCAAUACCAGUUCUUCACCUCGUAUGUAGGGGUUCCAACUAUCUGACCUGCUUUUUUUUUUUAGGUGUGCGUCGUGUGAGUGCGAGCGUGCACACGUGCGUGCGUGCGUGAUUGUGUUGUGUUGUGUGAGUGUUUGUGUGUGUUUGCACUCACACGCUGCGACAAAAAGGGUGUGGAGCAUUAGUGUCUGAGCUCCUCGGAAAAAAGACGGAUUUGAUUCUUGUAUUUGCGCUGCGAGUUAUUUCACAACCGUUGCCGAGUCGUGCUUGGAGAAUUUCAAGUCUGACAAAGAAUUUCUUCGUCGUUUCAGGCUCACCUAUCAAGCAUGAAAAGCGCACACCAUUUUCUCCAUCUCUCCUGACGUCGACCACCACAAUGGUGCCUUCGGAGAGAGUUGACGCCAUAGAUAACCACAGCAGUGGUGCAAAUAUCAGUGGUGGUGGUGGUAGUGGUGGGGUCACCACCAACCACGUCAGCAGCAACACUAGCCACGACAACUCAAAUGUCGCCGGAGGCUGCCCAACCACGGUGGGUGGCAGCAACAACGGGAAUAGCGUUCAUUCCAGGACUCCGGACGUUGAACCCGGUGACCCCAAAGGACCGCCCACUCGCCAAGAGUGCUCAAAGCUGGUGUAUGGCCUGAGCCGAGAGGUGGCCGUCUACUGCUGCAUCAGCAUGAGUCUGGGAGGAGUCAGCGACUCCUACGUGCUCCGAGACGAGCUCAAGUCUACUGGCAACAAGACAUAUGAGCUUGCCCUACUAUGCAAACGUCGACUUAUGCCGCUGCUUAUGAGUAAACGUCUGAAGGACGAGGAACGUGAGGAUGUAGAGAGGUUGUACCGGAUCUUUGCAGGAUGUGUGGAAAUGUUACAGUCCGAGUUUGUCCGGGCCAUCACGCUGCAAGCCAUCUUCCCUCUUUGGGACUCGUCCACCUUGCUAAUACAAACCGGCAUCAGCGAGGGUCUUCUGCAUCGGAAGCUAUGCACAAACUUGGAAUCUUUGGACGUCACGGAUCUACAGAGGAAGAUGAUGGAUAGAGAGGAGGCCAUGAAUGUAGAGAAAAAAGUCGCCACGCUACAGGAGAUGCUGUACAGUACCAGUCAGCUGAUGGAUGUCCAGCCUUGGGACUGCAAGCCGGACACUGACCACACGAAGAUAGAUGUAGAGACAUCGGACGCUGAGCAAGAAGGUUCUGAUGUUGCAGAAGGCGAAACGCACGUGAACACCGGAAGUCCCAGACACCGGAAGUGCAUUUGGAUCCUGGUCCUGGUCCUUGGCUGCAUGGUGGUGGUGGCGGGGGUGCUGGGCCUGGCUCUCGCACUCAACAAGAGCGACUCCUCCGACGACUGACACCCUCCACACGCCCGUCUUUCCCCUCCCCAUGCAAUUACCCUUUUCACAGGCAUCCGGAUAGAGUAUUCUUGAAUUUCUGCUAUUUCGCACGGACAAUAUUGAUCAGUGUUAUAGUCUGCACGUCGAUGACCUAGGUCAAAUUUGAUUACUAGUGCAUGGAAGCCUAUAGAUCUCUAUGGAAAUGAUUAUUCUUUCUCUUAGUCUACAGAAAUACUUUAUUGGUGGCCACGCAUUUGUUGGUAUUGGAUGUUUGGUUAUUUAUCGGAUAGACAAAUAAAAACUCUUAAAUGGAUCUCAUGC